UUAAAAGCCCAUUAGUAUUACUGAGUUUUUAAUGGGCCUGAUGGGCUUAUUGUUUUUAGUUGGCCUUAUAUAUAUAUUGGUUCUCCGAGGAACCGGAGCUUUCUUCUUCUCUCAGGCGAGAUAAAACAUGGCGAUGCUUCAGACGAAUCUUGGCUUCAUUACUUCUCCGACAUUUCUGUGUCCGAAGCUUAAAGUCAAAUUGAACUCUUAUCUGUGGUUUAGCUAUCGUUCUCAAGUUCAAAAACUGGAUUUUUCGAAAAGGGUUAAUAGAAGCUACAAAAGAGAUGCUUUAUUAUUGUCAAUCAAGUGUUCUUCAUCGACUGGAUUUGAUAAUAGCAAUGUUGUUGUGAAGGAGAAGAGUGUAUCUGUGAUUCUUUUAGCUGGAGGUCAAGGCAAGAGAAUGAAAAUGAGUAUGCCAAAGCAGUACAUACCACUUCUUGGUCAGCCAAUUGCUUUGUAUAGCUUUUUCACGUUUUCACGUAUGCCUGAAGUGAAGGAAAUUGUAGUUGUAUGUGAUCCUUUUUUCAGAGACAUUUUUGAAGAAUACGAAGAAUCAAUUGAUGUUGAUCUUAGAUUCGCUAUUCCUGGCAAAGAAAGACAAGAUUCUGUUUACAGUGGACUUCAGGAAAUCGAUGUGAACUCUGAGCUUGUUUGUAUCCACGACUCUGCCCGACCAUUGGUGAAUACUGAAGAUGUCGAGAAGGUCCUUAAAGAUGGUUCCGCGGUUGGAGCAGCUGUACUUGGUGUUCCUGCUAAAGCUACAAUCAAAGAGGUCAAUUCUGAUUCGCUUGUGGUGAAAACUCUCGACAGAAAAACCCUAUGGGAAAUGCAGACACCACAGGUGAUCAAACCAGAGCUAUUGAAAAAGGGUUUCGAGCUUGUAAAAAGUGAAGGUCUAGAGGUAACAGAUGACGUUUCGAUUGUUGAAUACCUCAAGCAUCCAGUUUAUGUCUCUCAAGGAUCUUAUACAAACAUCAAGGUUACAACACCUGAUGAUUUACUGCUUGCUGAGAGAAUCUUGAGCGAGGACUCAUGAGAUAUUAUAUCAUUUACUUAGUAAGAAGACGUGUCAAGGGUAUGCAUGAAAAAUGUUUUAUUGAAAUCUUUGCAUCCUAGUUUGGUGGUUUAUAAAAUGUGCAAGAUAAUUGUUUCACUGAAAACUACUUGCUGUGAAUAUGGAUUCGAACAGAGCCAAUUCGAAGUAGAAUUUGCAUAUUGUAGUAAAGGUUCUCACUAAGGCAAUAAGGGUGCCACGAGCGAGCACAAAUAUGGAUCCAAGAGAUUAGUUUGUUAAUGAUGUUUAUUAAAACUUAUAUUUAAAUAACCCCUAAAUAUAUCAUAAUUUAUAUCUCAAGUUAUGUUCAAGUAGGGCUGUCAAAAUACACUCGCAUGAGAUGAAGAAGAAAUAGAGAGAACGAGGAACAAAGAGGAAGCGAGAAGAACUCCACUGUAAGAUGAAAAGUCAGAAUCAUACAUAUAUGAUUUUAAAAUAAAAAGUAUUUGGAUUCAUCUUUAGGGGUAAACUUUUGUAUUCACCCUCUUUAGUUUAAGCCAAUCAUUAUGUCAUGCCAUACAUUAAUUAAGGAAACAAAAUCUAUAUACUUUUAAUUAAAUAAAGUUAAAUUCAUA